UUUUGGACCAUGGUAUUGCUCGUCAUCAGUGUGAGCAACUACUUCAUCAAAAAAAAAGCUCAGCCGCUAUGCUGUGGACAAAAUAGAUCAGAUGGAGACGGACAGGGUUGAAGUUGAGCCCCAGCUCCGGCAGACGGCGGAAAAUAUUCAGUACAGCACACUGCCGGCAGACCUGGUCCUCUUGGCGUUGCCCUGGGUGACCGCGGAGGCUUACCUUGGCCCGCACGCUCUCAUUGUCCGCGCUCAUGUCACCUUCACCCACAUGGCCAGCGAGAGCACUACUGGUGUACUUGAGGUUCACCCCGUCACCUUCAGGGUGCUGGCGCCCCUGCCGACAGUGUCUGCAGCCCUGACGUACGGCCGUACCCGGGUCUUCUGGACCAGUCUCUUGGUAGUGUUGGCCGAGAGUCACCACCUUAUUCAGCGAAGGAUAAGCAAACAUGUCUUGGAUAUAUUCGACCAGAUGGAAGUGGUUGACGAGGAAUUGUGGGACAAGGCACGCAGUGUUAAAUACGGCACCGUCUUGCCCGACGUCCUGCUCAUCAUCUUGCCCUACAUCUCGGCAGAGGAUCAUCUCCAUUUACACGCCAUCAUUGUGGCAGGUCACGUCAUAAUGACCCAUCUGGCAGUAGAAAGAACCACAACGGUUCUCCAACACGUUCAUCCCAUCAAUUCCAUGACGAAGUCACUGAUUUUCAUGAAGAACACACAUUUGACAUUCAUCAUCUUCAUGUGCGUCCUUGGAGUGGGAAAGGAGAUCAUCCACGCGUAUUUCAUUUCUUCAGCCUGGGGCGCGCCACUCAUCCAAAUAGGUUCUGGCCCCAAUGCCGACCGUGUCGGCCGCCUUGACGUACGGCCGGCCCCGGGUCUUUUGGACCAUUUUGCUGAUAGUGUUGGCCGCAAGCAACCAUCUUAUUCAACGGAAGAUAAGCCCGCAUGCGCUAGACAUAAUCGACCACAUGGAGGUGGUUGACCAGGAAUUGCGGGACAGGGCACGCGGUGUGAAAUACAGCACCGUCGUGCCCGACGUGCUGCUCAUCAUUCUGCCGUAUGUCUCCGCAGAGAAGCAUCUUCAUUUGCACGCCAUCAUAGUGGGAGGUCACGUCAUCAUGACCCAUAUGGCGAUAGAAAGAACCACCACGGUUCUCCAAAAAGUUCAUCCCAUCAGCUUCAUGGUUCUGGCCCCAAUGCCAACCGUGUCUGCCAGUCUCACGUACGGACGCCCCCGGGUGUUUUGGACACUAGUGCUGAGCGUCAUGGGAGUGAGCAACUACUUCAUUCGACGCAAAAUCAGCCGCCACACGCUGGACAGACUUGACCAGAUGCAUGAAGACAACGAGGAGGUAGACCAGGAUCAGCGCGACAGGGCGAGGGGCAUCCAAAACAGCACAAUCCUGCCGGACCUGCUGCUCACUGGGCUGCCGUGGGUGUCUGCUGAGGACUACCUUCCCGUGCAUGCUUUGAUAGUCGCAGUGCACAUCAUCUGCACGUACAUGGCCAUCAAAAGCGCCACCCGUAUUCUAGAGGAAGUUCAUCCCAUCAGCUUCAUGACCGAGUCACUUACAUCCAUAAGAAAUCACUACUUCACGUUAAGCAUCUACAUGUGCGUUCUGGGAGUGGCGAAGGAGCUCAUUCACAAUCAACUCAUCUCGUCACCUUGGGGCGGGCCGCUGAUACAAAUUGUCCACGUGCUCUUCGUGGAGAAAGAGACCUUGGUGGCCAGCUCUGAAUUCAUAUUCACCAACAUUGCAUAUUCACUCAUAAAUUGAGUCAAUCUAGCACACGCCAAAGAGGGCGAAGACGAAAGCCUGCGCGCUCAAG